AUGAUUAAAUUAAAAUUAAAAUCAAAUCAAAUUUUAUUUAUUAUUAAUCUUCUUUUGUAAAAUAAAUAAUAAAUUUUAAACUAGAAUUAUAUGUCUUCCAUGUCUAGCACUAACAAUGUUGAGAAUAUAGAUUCGCCUCCACCCGCUAAUCCAGAAGAUAAGGAAUCUGUACCUAACCCUAACUCGCCGCCAUCAAGUAAAAAGCCCAAAAGAAUACACAAAUAUUGGAACAAAGACAAAAUCGAGAUCGUCAAAAAAAUGCUAUUGUUACCGGAAACGCAAAAAAUGAGCGUAAGAAAUAUCAGCAAACUUGUCGACAUGUCUACGGCGUCGGUGCAUAAACUGAGGCGGAACACCUUUCCGGAUAUUAUAGGGGAUCCAUUGAAGGACUACGAUAUACAAAAACGGGGAUCGAAAAAGAAGGACCAAUCAAAUGUCCAAUCAGAACUGUUGGAUCUGUUGAAAGCCAAUAACACGUUUACCAUCCAAGAAAUGAUAGAAAAUUCUCCCGCUGAUUUCCCAAAAACCAAAACGACCAUUAGAAAAUAUAUCAAAAGUAUAGGAUGGUCCAAAAAAAGGGCCGGUAAAGAACGCUACGAUAAAAAAUACUCACCGAAAGCGAUCAAUUUUCUGAAGGCGUAUCGCUCGAAGGUGCUAAACACGCCCACGGAAAAGUUAUUCUUCUUCAGCGAAACGUGCAUAGAUUUACAGAAUUCGCCCGUCUACGGCUGGGCACCAUUAGACGUAACGCCAAUCGUGGUCAUCCCAAAUUCUAAAUCUAAAUGCGUUAGCUUUUUAUGUACCAUAGGCCUGGACGGUCUGGUUAAUUAUCGCGUAGUGGAGGGGGCUUAUAAGAUGACAUUUUUGCUGGAGUAUAUGGCGGACCUGGUAAAAAUUCUUCCGGAAGACGCCGUAAUCGUGAUGGACGAUAUCCCCAUGCAUAUGAGCCAUCAUAUGGACCACUUUAAAAGUAGGGUAGAGUAUCUUCCGCGACAUUCGCCUCAAUUGAAUCCAAUCGAGAGCUUUUUCCGCGUUAUCGAGAUUAAAUUUGACGCUAUUCAUCCGCCACCCGCGACAAGAGACGAUAUUAUUGUCAAUAUUUCCUCCAUCAUGAAUCAAUAUGACCAACAUAGUUUUUCAGAUUUUUAUUCCGAUAUGCUAAAAUUUUUGGAAAACGUUCCAGUUAAAAUCAGCUAACUACCGCUACCGCUAUAGCGCACUAAAGCUCUCGCUAUUGAAAAAUAUAGCACAUUACUUUAACCACGCCGCUGGAUGGAGAAUAACCGUGCGCUUAUUAUAUAGAGA